GUGUGAAGACAUCACAAAACGCUUCUGUGAAACAAACCGCUAAGGGCUGGAUACUUAGCUUAACUUUCUCUGGAUUACAUUCUUCUCCAAAUAGGAUCUGUCCAGCAAACCAUCAUCCCACUGACAUAAAUCUGAAGAGACACAGGUCAGUAUGAUGGAGCAGGACGGCCCACAGGAGAAGAGAUCAGAACAGGGAGAGGAGAUGACAGAGGAGAGCUUCCUCAAAGACCUCUACCUCUUUAUGAAACAAAGAGACACUCCGAUUGAGAGAAUACCUCAUCUAGGCUUCAAACAGAUCGAUAUGUUCCUAAUGUACAAGACAGUAAAGGAGCUAGGAGGCUAUCAACAGGUUACUGCACAGCAGUUGUGGAAAAAAGUUUACAACAUGCUUGGAGGAAAUCCGCGCAGCACUAGUGCAGCCACCUGCACUCGCAGACAUUAUGAAAAGCUGCUUCUUCCUUACGAGUGUCACCAAAAUGGAUACAGCGACGAUAUUGUCUUCAGGACCCCUCGAUCGCAAAAACGCUUCCACCCCAGCAGUUACAGUGACUUUGAGCACGAAUACCCCAGGAAUGGUAAACAUGCAGAUUUCCGACACCUCCCGGCAUUCCCUCAGCCCUCUCAGAACAUGUUUACAGAGCAUCAGAGACAGAUGUUUAGCAUGCCUUUGAACAUUACUCCAUACUUCCCACACGGCAGUACAUCUCUACCCAAUUAUAUGGCUCUUCGAGAAUCAACACUGCCUCAACUGAGCCUGAGCCCUUCUCAAGACAUUCCACGACCACCUGCUUCGUAUAUGGCAACGUCCUCUGUGGAGGUUCAGAGCUGCAACCAGUCACUUGAUAGGCUACGCCACCUGGCUAAAGAGUACAAGUCAUCAGCCGGCUGGGAGGAACCGCUCAACCUCAGCUGGAAAGAAAACAGACACGAGACAUUGAUUGACACGCCGUCAUCUUUCAGCCCACCUUCAAAAAAGCCCAAGUUCCUCAACGAAACCUCACCUCUUUACCCUCCAAGGGAUUUGAUGUCAAAAGAAGGUGCAGAAAAGGGGGAAACAGUGGACAGAACUUCCACAGGAGAAGGAGGUGCAGGAUCUGUCCGAGCAGGACUGAGUCCGGUGACGGCUGACAUCAUUGAUCUCACUUCCUCCUCCACAGCCAAUCCAGUCCCACGUAGGGCAAGCCCUCCUUCAGUGAACCUCUUCAACCGUAGAUUGAACUACUCAGAAGCAUUCGCUUUGAAAGCACGGAAGCGAGACUUGCAUGCGGACUGGUUGAAGGAAGAAUCUUCUUUUGCACCUGCAUCUAAGUUAGGGAUCCUAAACCGAAGCAAUCCUCUUGGACACCCACCCGUAGAUCCGAACGGCAAUAUGGAGAUUCAGAUUCCUCUAAAGCUUCUACAGGAGUUGAUUAGGAGAGGACUGCUCUCCAACCCGGCAUUUACGGCAAACAGCCCUGUGUCUCAAGACCCAAUCAAAGCUGAAGCACAACCCGAGCACAAGUUCCAAAUUCGAUCACGUUCAGAAACAUUCGAGAGCUCCACCACAAGCGAGGAACCGACCAAUUUGAGUUUGAAAAGAAACCUUUCUGAAUCUAACCCUCAAGAAAAUGGUAUGAGGAAGCUCAGAUUCUUUGGUGGCAAUGGCAUCCCAGCAGAAUCAAAGCUUCAGAUGACCAAUUCUUUUCAUGUAAACAACUCUCUUAAGUUCUCUCUGGCAAGUGAUGCACCAAGAUCCUCUCCACCUAAACAGGCACAAGUUCCUACAACAAAGAACCAAGAGAGCAUGAUUCCCAGACCCCCCAGUUACAGUGAAGACACUCCACUCUCUUUGAAAAUGAAGCCUGGAAGGAAGUCAGAGAAAGUGAUGGGAACAUCUAACAGUGUGGCAAAGGAAAUCUCCACUUCCCCACCUUUGAUGCAGGUGACGUCAGACAACCUCAAACUCCUUCUGGCAAGCCUGCCCUAUAGACUGGAAAGGGGGCAGACAUUUUGAGAAUUUGCACACCUGAUAAAACUCAUCACCUCGGUCAAUGCUGCAAUCUUGCCAGAUCAGCCUCUUGCGUUGCAUUACUGAAGGACUUCUGAAAAAAUGAACUGAAAAGAGAAAUGUUGAGGAUAUGCAACUGUAGCAUGAAAGCACUGUCCACUCUCAGUCAACAUGUUAAAUUAGACAUGACAGAUGCUUUUCUCUGAUGAACCUUUUGUAUAAUAUGCAUAUCAUUUUGAAAAGGGUCAGCACAGGAAACACGUUGGUUUGCUUUUUAGUCUAUAAAUCUAAUUGAAUUGCGAGACUUUAAAUAAGCAAUGGUACAUUUUUGUUAACUCAGUUUAUGAGGAAGCAGAUACUUUGGCAACAAAGCAUAGACCUUUUUUGUAAUUAUUUGUUAUUAAAAUGUAAACAUGUAAAAUGGCUAUAUAAGCAUGAUCAU